AUGAAUGGGACUAGUGAAAGCCAGCAGGAAGCUAGUCACAUGAAAAUUAUCCUGAAUGCGAGAACCAAACUUAAAUUGGGUUUUUGGAAUGUCCGUACCAUGUAUGAGGCAGGAAAACAAGCCCAAGUGUUAAGAGAAAUGAAGGAAAACAAGCUGCACAUAUUAGGUAUAAGUGAAUGUAGAUGGACAGGGUUUGGCAAAAACUUGACAAAUACAGGAGACACGAUCAUAUAUUCUGGUAGAAACGAUGACAAACACCAGGGGGGAGUUGCCAUCAUCCUCAACAAAUCAUCUUCUAAAUCACUCAUUGAGUAUAAUCCAGUCAGUGAAAGAAUAAUAACAGCAAUACUAAAUACAAAACCUAUAAAGACAUCAAUCAUCCAAGUCUAUUCUCCAACAAAUGAAGCUGAUAAAGAAAUUAAGAUAGAAUUUUAUGAAAUGCUUCAAGCUGAGAUAGAGAAAAUCCCCAAAAAAGACCUAACAAUCAUCAUGGGAGAUUUUAAUGCUAAACUACGGCAAGACAACAGUGGUUUUGAGAGAAUAAUGGGAAAACAUGGCUGUGGGAUCAUGAACGAAAAUGAAGAACAUCUAGUAGACUUCUGUGGACUGAACAAUCGUGUAAUAGGUGGAACAUUGUUCCGACACAAGGAUGUCCAUAAGCUGACCUGGGUAUCACCUGGAGGCAGAGAUAAAAACCAGAUCGACCACAUAGCAAUUAAUGAAAGUGAAACAGUAGAUGAACAAUGGCAAGAAGUGGAAGAUCUGUUUAAAAAGACCAGUGAAAAAAUAUUAAGUUUCAAACGCCAAAAGCACAAAGAAUUGAUCAAACAAGAGACAUGGUCGCUGAUUGACAACAGGACAGAGCUAAAGAAAAAGAUCUGCAACACUCACUCUGAUAGACUAAAAGACAGACUAAGGGACCAAUACUCUAACUGUAACAAGGACGUUAAGAAAGCCACCAGAAAAGAUAAGAAAGAUUUCAUCGAGGGAUUGGCUCUAGAGGCUGAAAAAGCUGCGUCUGAGCAAAGAAUGGGCGACCUUUACCAAAUUACGAAGAAACUUUGUUGUCAAAAAAGAAACACCAACAUGCCAGUAAAAGACAAACAGGGUAAUCUAAUAACAUCUGAAAGAGAACAAGAGAAUAGAUGGAAUGAGCACUUCAAAGAAGUAUUAAAUAGGCCAGAACCAGAAACAACAGCAAACAUACCCAUAGCAGAGCACGACCUUGAAGUAAAUAUAGAAAUUCCAUCAAGAUCGGAAAUUAUCAAAGCAGUAAAGAGUCUUAAAAACAAUAAAGCUCCAGGAAACGAUAAACUAUCAGCAGAACUAUUUAAAUCAGAUCCAACCUUAACAGCAAACAUUCUUCAUACACCAUUCAAAAAGAUUUGGAACACACAUGCAAGACAAAAGUUACAAAAGAAUGCAAGUUUUAUUGGAUUAAACAUCAACAUCAAGAAAUCAGAAGUCAUGCCUCUUAAUACCACAGAGCCUCCUUUAAUAGAUUUAAAUGGAACACCCCUAGACUGCACUUCAUCUUUCACCUACUUGGGCAGCAUAGUAACAUCUGAAAGAGGAGCAAAGACAUCAGAGCCAGAAUAG